AUGAGGAGCGGCCGGUUGAAUUCGAUUAAGGAACUGAUUCCCUUAUCAAAACCGCCGGAAAUUAACAUUGCUGCUGUUCCCGGAGACGAUGAUGUCGUUGGUGAACAGAACGUCGGCGGGAAUAAUGGAAGAGAAAUUUUCAUGUCUUUGCAUCCUGGUUCACGUGAUUCUCCAAUUCAAUGCAUGAUUAAAAGAAGCAAGAAGAACUCAGUGUUUUACCUCAAUCUUGCUGCUACUCCAUCAUUUACAAACAAGGGUAAGUUUCUUUUAGCUGCAAGAAGAUAUACACAUGGUGCUCACAUGGAAUACAUAAUAUCACUUGAUUCAUACGAUUCAUAUCAACGAAGCAAUGCUUAUGUUGUUGCAUCCGUUAAGAAUUUUCAGUUGGUGGCAACAUUGGACCCGAGUCAACCGGGUGGGAAAGGUGAUGGUGAAACAGUUUUGCUUCAGUUUGAAAAAGUUGGUGAUGAUAUUUUCACCAUGGAUUAUGUAUGGAUUAUAACUAUAAAUAAAUAG